AUGGCUCUCCCAGUCUUCAUCUUUUUGUUGGCCUUUAUCCUAGCUGAAUCUGCAAGUGUUUCAGCUUCAAGUCCCAUAUUUGGGCCAAGACAGGUGAUUGGUUUACUUGAAGGUUCUGUUACUGUGAAAUGCUUCUACCCGCGCACUAGUGUGAACAGACAUAGCAGAAAGUACUGGUGUAAGGAAUCAACACGUCAAUGUUCAACUAUUAUUUCAUCCAAUGGCUUUGUUGCCAGAGGUUAUGAAGGUCGAGCCUCAAUAACAGACUUUCCAGAGAAUGGCAUAUUCAUCAUAGAAAUAGCAAAGCUGUCAAGAAGAGACAUUGGGGGAUACAAAUGUGGCAUUGGUUUAAAUGACCAAGGACUGUCUUUCAGAGUCAAGCUGGACGUUACUGAAGAUUCGGUAAUGCCUGAAGAAGCUCAACUCUUUUAUGUCAAGCAACACGGAUCAGUGACUAUGACCUGCGCCUUUGGUGCUCAAUACGCAAGUGCUAGGAAGUACCUGUGCAAGAUGACCAAGUCCCAGUGUUCCACUGUUGUUGACACUUUUGGAAAUAUUGACCCGUCCUACAAAGGAAGAGUUCUGUUGAGCUAUCUUGCGAGUCCUGGAUCAUUCAGUAUCAUUGUGACCCAAUUAAAGAAGGGAGAUUCAGGGUUAUAUCUCUGUGGAGCUGGAAACUAUGGGGCAGAAGGAGAAUCCAAGAAAUUGGAUGUACACGUUUAUGAAGAGCCUUCAAUGCCCAGUGGACAUCCAGUACUACGUGGAGUCCUGGGUGGUUCAGUCUCCGCUGAAUGUCGUUAUGAUCCAAAAGAGAAUGUCACAAUAAAAUACUGGUGCAAGUGGAAAGAACAUGGAUGCACUCAGUUAAUAAACAACUUUGGAUAUGUGCCGAGUGAAUAUGAGGGAAGGAUAGUGAUGCACGAUAACCCAGAAAAUGGCACAUACACCAUCAUACUGAAUCAACUGCAGGAGGACGAUUCAGGGCACUACUGGUGUAUGACAGAUGGAGAACAUGAAAUGAAGUCAACAACAGAGCUGAAAAUUGUAGAAGGGCAGACCAAUUUAGAAGUCAAAAAUGAAAUUCAGGUUGUCGCUGGCUCUGCAUUGACUAUGUCAUGCUCUUAUUCAUGCAAAUAUGUUCUGUACCAGAAGUAUUGGUGCAAGUGGAAGAACACUGGGUGUGAACCUCUCGUCUCAUUAGAACAAAACCAAACAGGCGUGAUCGUUAAUUGUGACAAAGACAGUAGAAAUUUGACUCUGAAAUUUGAUCAAGCAUUACCAACAGAUCAAGGGUGGUAUUGGUGUGGAGUCAAAAAUGCAGGUCACUAUGGAGAAACGGCUGCAGUACAUCUGAGAGUGCAAGGAGUACUUCAAAAUUCUGAAGAAAUCCCCAAUGCUGCUGAAGCACCGGAUGAUGUUGUGAUUCCUGGAAGAAAUGCUGAAAAUAGGGGUGCUGUCCUAAAUGGAGCUGAGGACUCAGCUGGAGUUGAAAGUUCAGCAGAUAGCCAUGGAGGGAGAAAAAAUUCCACAAUUCUUCUCUCCGUUUUGGUCCCUAUUGGGGUCUUGUUUCUGCUUCUUGUAACAAUCUUUGUUGUUGUGAAGUUCAGGAUUUUCAAGAAUUCAGACCUGGUCUCAGUUGGAAGCUACAGGACAAACAUCAGCAUGACGGAUUUUGAGAAUACGAGACAGUAUGGGGCAAAGGACAAUGUGUGCAUGGAAGGAGAACCACAUGAAACCCAAAUAGGGGGGAUGGAUGAUUAUGUAAUUACUACUGGCAGUCCUAAGGAGGGUGGUAAAUCAAAGAAGACAAAGAGGGGCUCCAAAGAAGAAGUUGAGAUGGCUUAUACCACAUUCCUGCUUGAUUCAGACAACAAUCCCCCUCCAAAAAGCACCCAGGAAACUUAAGAAAUUGCUAAGGAGGCUUAUCGCAGACG